AUGAAGGGUUUUUUGCACAAAAUCCAACAGGCGUCCAAGAAAGCAACCUCUGGACUUGCUGGAACAACAGCAACCCCUUCUGCCCCUUUCCUGAGCGAGGAUCGUGACAGCACUGAAGCUGUCGCUGGGUUUUCAUCCGAUCCGAAUUUUUCGCAUCACCAGCAUUCUGCGCACACUCAGACCCCAAGUCCGCAGCAGCACUUCCACCAGGCUCAGCAGGCCCAGGCACAACAGCGUCCAUCGCACGCCUCAUAUCCUCAGCACGCCCAGCACGCCCAGCAUCCCUCACUGUCGCACUCUCAUUCCUACCCUCACUUCCAGCAGCACCAGCAGCCACAGGUGCCGCCACAGUCUCACUCUGCUCAACCAGGUGCUCACCCUCAGUAUUUUCCCCAACAGCAACCUCCACAGCAGCCUUCAGCCCCAAAUAGGUCGCCCACAAAAAAGGCCUUCCCUGCUUCUACUUCUGCUUCUGCAUCCGCGUCCUACGCUCGCCCCGCCUCGCCGAGCCAGGUCGCCAGAGAUCCCAACGCUCCUCCUCCUCCUCCGCCGCCGCACAGCUCAAGUCACUCAAGGCAGCCGUCGGCCUCGUCCUCGUCGUCGCCACGCCUGACCCGUGCUUUUACAACUGUCGCUGGCCAUCGUCGCAAGAAGACAGAGGAGACCCAUCCCUUAAAUCUCCCCCCAGAAGAGCGCAGGCGCCUGUCAGAGCAGCGCUUGCAAGGCUUCCAAGAGCAGUUGAACAACUGUCGCCGCUCUUUGGACGGUGACCGCAACAAUAACAACAACAACGUGCAGCAAAAUCACAAUCGUAAUUAUUCUCCGAACCACAGCCAGCCUGUAAACGUAAACGGUGUGAAUCACCGCCACUCGUCAUCGACAACUUCGACGCAGUCUGCCCCGCAGACCGCUUCUUUCCAAUACCCAUUUGAGCCCUUUGAUCACCCUUCCGAGCCGCCCCCACCUUAUCAUCUCCACCAAACCCAUUCCAAGAUACCACCCACGAUGCCUUCACGCACAAAUUCCUUCAAUACUCCCACCCCCAAUGGUGCGGAGCCGACUACCAACGGCGCUGCAGCCGACGAGGUCGUACCUCCGCCUCCUCCCCAUCGGGUCACCCCGUCUAGCCCAGUCAUGUCCGACGCCGAGCAGGCUGAGGCCUUCAAGAACAAGGGCAACGAUGCCUUCAAGGCUGGCAACUACACGCAGGCCAUUGAGUUUUAUACUAAGGCCGUUGUUCUUCAGCCUACCAAUUCAACGUACCUGAGCAACCGUGCCGCGGCUUAUAUGUCGGCCAGCCGCUACUCCGAUGCCCUGGAUGACUGCAAGCGUGCUGCAGAUCUUGACCCUUCGAACCCUAAGAUUCUCCUGCGUCUUGGCCGCAUCUAUACUUCCCUGGGCCAGCCCGAGGAGGCACUGGCCACGUUCAACCGUAUCCAUCCGCCCCCAUCUGCGAGAGACACUGCUGCUGCCCGAGACAUGCUUCGCCAUGUGGAGGCGGCCCGGCAAGCGCUCAAGGAUGGUACCGCUGCAUCCAUGGUUCUGCACCCGCUCGAUAUGGCCGAGCGCCUGCUCGGUGUUGGUGUUCUUAAGCCCAGAAAAUGGCAGCUCAUGCGUGGUGAGGCCUAUCUAAAGAUGGGUGACGUCAACUCGCUGGGCGAGGCCCAGAAUAUUGCCAUGUCCCUGCUGCGCCUCAAUAGCCAGGAUCCUGAGGCCCUGGUUCUGCGUGGUCGUGCUCUGUACUCACAGGGUGACAACGAGAAGGCCAUCCAGCAUUUCCGCAAGGCCCUCAGCUGCGAUCCCGACUUCAAGGAUGCCGUCAAGUGGCUGCGUACUGUUCAAAAGCUCGACCGGAUGAAGGAAGAGGGAAAUGCCCACUAUAAGGCCGGCCGUUGGCAGGACGCCUUUAAUACGUACUCCGCCGCCCUCGAGGUGGACCCCACAAACAAGGGUACCAAUUCCAAGAUCUACCAGAACCGUGCCUUGUGCCGCAUCAAGCUCAAGCAGUAUGAGGAGGCCAUCGCUGAUUGCGAGAAGGCCAUCAGCCUCGACCCUAGCUACAUCAAGGCUCGCAAGACCAAGGCUACUGCGCUCGGUCUGGCCGAGAAGUGGGAGGCAUGUGUGCGUGAGUGGAAGCAGAUUCAAGAGCUCGAUCCGGAGGACCGGAACGUCGCCAGGGAGGUUCGCAAGGCCGAGUUGGAGCUCAAGAAGUCUCAGAGGAAGGACUACUACAAGAUCCUGGGUGUCGAGAAGAACGCCACCGAGCAGGAGAUCAAGAAGGCGUACCGCAAGCUUGCCAUCCAACAUCACCCGGACAAGAACCCGGGCGAUCCCAAUGCCGAGGCUCGCUUCAAGGAUAUCAGCGAAGCUUACGAGACCUUGAUCGAUCCUCAGAAGCGCCAGCGGUACGACAGCGGUGUCGACCUGCAGGACCCAUCUGACAUGUUUGGCGGCGGCAUGGGCGGCGGCAUGGGCGGCAUUGAUCCCGAGAUCCUCUUCUCCAUGAUGGGCCAGGGCGGUGGCUUUAGCGGCGGCUUCCCUGGUGGCAGCUUCCCCGGUGGCGGCUUCUCCUUCAACACUGGCGGCUCUCGCAGCAGGCCGGGCAGCUUCCCGCAGGGCUUCCAUUUCUCGUGA